AUACAUAGAAACCACUUAAAAUAUAAAAAGUUUUUGAACUCUAAAUAUACAUGAGAUUCCAGUGAAGAGUUUAGACGUUUGAUAAGAGAACAAAUUCAUAUAAGGUUAAAUCAAAAUUAUGGCUACAGGGGAAAAGGAGACAAUCGUACAAUUGACUGGAAUCAAUGUAUCGCUUGGUGAAACCGUGUUCAAGAAGGCACAACCAAAACUCGCAGCAAAGAUGUUAGAAAGAGGUGCGGAGCAACAUAUUGCAUCACAAUAUGUAUCGCAUAUCAAAAGAACAAAAUUUCAACCCUACAAAUUUUUUGUUAAAAACAUUUGGUGCUUAGAUAACAUAGAAAAAGGUUUCCAAGAAGGAAUUCCUGUAAAACCACAAAGUUUUGGUGUCAUUAAAGGUCAACCCCUUGGUGCAUUUCAUUUAGAAUGUCAAGAAAUUACAGGAGAAUCUUGCCUAUUGAUUUCUGACAUGCCUGAAUCGGAAAAAUCCAACCCUCAGAAAAUCGUCUGCAUUAUUCGGAAAUUAAAUGAUACUGUAUUAUCUGAAAACAUCAAAGAAAAAGUAGACAAACUUUUGAAUAUCCUUAAAACUGAGCUUAAAGAUAAAAUCAGUUGUCAACUCACUUUUAAGAAGCAUGUCAUGAAAGGCAACACAACAAACAGUGAUGUUUUUCCUGAUUGGAUAUUGGAAGUGUUUAUCAAUGAAAGUUGCCCUACUGAUCUUUGUCAGCGACUAGACGAAGAAGCGAGCAAAGAUGAGAAAAUUAUAGAAGUUUCUUAUGGUGUUUUCACUGAUUUUGCUUACAAUCCAGCGGAAGCUAAGUGACGCUGAAGAGCAUAGUAUAUAUUUUCAUACUGAUUGCCUAGAGCAUUUUUUUACACUUUGUGGCAACUUUAGAAAUCCCAAAUUUUGUUUAAAGUUGUUUAAUUUAAAAAAAUUGAAGAGCAUGGUAUAAAUUUCAACAUCAGCACGUUUUCAUCAGCAAGUUUCCUUAUAAGAAACGAUUAAAUUUAUGAAA